AUGUCAGCCAAAGAUAAAGACAUAAGGACUAGGGGAAAUGUUCUGGACAAUUUAGUCAGGAAUGUCCCCGACUUUGCUGGGAUUUCGCAGGAGGCCCAGGAUGCAACAAUUGAGGAAAAGUCAAUGGGGGUGUGGCAUUGUAUUAAGACGCACCCGCAGGCCGUUUUUUUCUCCAUGGUUCUAUCCACUUGUCUGAUCAUGGAGGGGUAUGAUACCGCACUCACAGGAAAUUUUUUCGGCCUACCUCAAUUCCGGAAACGCUUCGGAAAGAAAUUGGAUAAUGGGGACUACCAAUUAACCUCAUCUUGGAUGUCGGGUUUGCAAAAUGGCACUCAGGUCGGGCAGAUCUUGGGUCUUAUGAUUGCAGGUGUUGUUGCAGAACGAUAUGGCUAUAAGAAAACUCUUCUUGGUGCCUUGGUAUUGAUGAUUGGCUUCAUCUUCAUCCUAUUCUUCGCCCAAAAUAUCGCUAUGCUAUUUAUCGGUGGUAUGGCCUGUGGUAUCCCAUGGGGCAUGUUUCAGACCCUGACAACCACCUACGCUGCAGAUGUUGCACCCAUUCCGCUUCGACCUGUACUCACCACAUAUGUGAAUAUGUGUUGGGUUAUAGGGCAAUUUAUCAGCACAGGAUCUCUUCGUGGCCUUUUGCAUCGGACUGAUGAUUGGGCAUGGAGAAUUCCGUACGCUAUUCAGUGGAUCUACCCACCAAUUAUCAUUGUCGGUGUCAUCUUCGCUCCUGAAAGCCCUAGCUGGUUAGUGCGUAAAGGCCGCCAUGAUGAGGCUUGUAAGUCUCUGAAACGCCUUGCGUCUGGCCUUUCGGACGAGCACGUUCAAAAAACCCUCUCCAUGACUGUCCAUGUCAACGAACUCGAAAAGCACCUCCAAGAAGGUACAUCCUACUUUGAUUGUUUGAAAGGCGCCAAUCUCCGGCGCACAGAGAUCGCUUGCGUCGUGUGGAUGACCCAGGUUCUUUGUGGUAUUUGGUUUGGUGGAAAUGUCAUUUACUUUUUGGAGCAAGCCGGAUUCGAUACCAAAAAGUCAUUUGAUUUCGGCGUGGGGCUGAACGGCGUCGCUCUCGCAGGUACUAUCGGUGCGUGGUUUGCGACUCGUUGGUUUGGUCGACGUACUUUGUACUUGACGGGCCUUACUGUUAUGUUUACUAUCUUGGUUAUCAUCGGGUUCCUGGGCAUUCCGACUUCAAAACCAGCUUAUGGUUGGGCGUCAGGGGCUCUCAUGAUGCUUUUCGUUAUAACCUACGAUUUGACCGUUGGCCCAGUGUGCUACUGCUUGGUUUCAGAAAUCCCAUCCACUCGUCUGAGAAUCAAAACAGUUGUGCUAGCCAGAAACGCUUACAAUAUCACUAGUAUAGGGGCUAACUUCCUGAACCCGCCUAUUUUAAACCCUACGGCGUGGAAUCUUCGAGGGAAAGGAGGCUUUGUAUGGUGUGGAUUCUGUUUUCUCUGCCUUGUUUGGUCUUAUUUCCGUCUUCCAGAACCCAGAGGUCUGUCCCCAGCAGAACUUGACCUGCUCUUCGAAGAGGGCGUUAGUGCAAGGAAAUUCCAUGAUGUUCAUGUUAACCCUUUCCAAACGGACUCACUGGAAAAAUCUUUAAACCAAGCUAUUCCGAUUGACUCAAAGAGUCCCAAAUAG